AUGGCCCCAAAGGUCAGAGGAACUUACUUGGUUGAGCAAUACUACCACGAGACCGACUUGGACUUUUUCAUCUUCAUGUCCAGCAUGUCCGCGAUCGUUGGAAUCAGAGGCCAGUCCAACUACUGCGCUGGCAAUAUGUAUGGACGCGCUGUUGUCGCCGGUCGCCGCGCUAGAGGACAGUUCACGCGAACCUACGUGGAUUCAACACUCUAG